AUGGAGUUGGACUCGGGAACACUGACUCAUGUGGCGGCGGUGCUAGUGGGCGUUGUGGUCACGGCGAUUGUCGCUCAGCUCUUAUCGGGCGGCAGCAGCAGUAAGACUGUCGAAGAGGCUCCUGCUGCUGCAGGCGGUGGAGGCAAGAAGAAGAAAAAGAAGAAAAAGGCAAAAGCCACCGAAGAGGAAGCUUCAGAGACGACCAAGCAAGCGCCCAAGGCAGCCGAGCCAACUGCCAGUAGUGGCAAGAAGAAGAAGAAGACCAAUGGCAACAACAGCAAUAGCGACGCGGCCGACAAGGAGAACGCCGCGGAAAAUGGCGCUGCCAAUGGCAAGAAUGGCAAAAAGAAGAAAAAAGAAAAACAACAACAAACAACAACAACAACAACAAGGCAACACAGGGUGGUGGUGCUGCUGAGUAGCAGUGAAAAGACCGAUUUCCAAAAGGCCAAUGCCCCGGCUCCAGCUCCUGUUUACGUGGCUCCCGACUCCAGUAUCGCCACCGCUGCCGCUGCCGCUACGAGUGCUCCCACGUCGUUGACCGAAACGCUCUCGAUCGACGCCAAAAAGGUGGGCAUCAUCAUCGGCCCCAAAGGAACUACCAUGGAAGCCAUCAAAGUCGCCACGGGGUGUUCCUUGGAAAUCAAUGCCCCUGCUGGCAGUGAAGACAACAAGAAACCUUUGCCACCCGGUGCCAAGGCGGGUGUCAUUAUUCAGGGAUCCACCAAAGAAGACAUUCUCAAAGCCAAAAAAGCCGUCCAAGAACUCGCUGCCAAAGGAUACGCUACGCUAUUGCAAGGAGACAAUUUCGGAGAAACGGGCAUUGAAGUCCAUCCGCGAUUCCUCAGUGAAAUUGUCGGUCCUUCCGGACGCACCAUUCAAGCUUUGCAAAAGACGCUCGAUGUUAAAAUCACCAUUCCUCCGACCGAUUGGAAACCCAACGCCCCCCAAGUAGUAGUCGGUGUCGUCAAACCGUGUCGCGUCGGGAUUGCCGGAUCAAAGGAAAAUGCCCGCAAAUGCAAAGAAAGCAUUCAAAAUAUCAUGCAGUAUCAUUACGAUGCCGUCUCUCAUCCCGGUGUCAUUCACGAAGAAGUCUACGUCCCACACGAAUUCUUUCAUUGUGUCAUUGGUCCGCGUGGAUCGGAAAUCAAACACAUUCGUGGCAAUUACAAGGUCGAUGUCUACAUGCCCAAUUCCGAAUCCGUCAGUGAAAAUGUCAUUGUCGUGGGCAAACAAUCCCAAGUUGACAAGGCCAUUUCCUACAUUCAACUCUUGAUGGAUCGUGAUACCGAACAACGAAACAAAAAGUAUUCUGAUGAGUAUUAUGGAUAAGUACCUAUCUUACUUACUAAAUAAGAAUACACACAAAGACGACAGAACAGACGAGACGAGACAAAGAGGAACGGGCAGGGCGCUAUUAUUACUACCUACACGACAACAAACAAACCAACCAAAACAAAAAUGAACGCACACACACACACUACUACUAAUACACUCACCUACGUUGGUCGGCAUGCAUCCAUCCAUCUAUCUACAACAGCAGCCAUCUCGCUGUUGUAGUGCCGAUCGAUCUAGCCAACCAACAACAACCUAAUUAAUUAACUAACU